UGUCAAUCUAAUUAUACUCCGUAUCCCCAACGCGUGAAACAUCUUGUCUGGUUAUCUUCGUCGUAUUAUCUUUAUCUCAAACCGGUUCACACCGGCGCGUGUAAAUGAGAAUUUUUCAGUCCACUUCAGGCGAUGCGCGUUUCCUCGAGUGUUUGAUAUAGUCAUCAGUUAUCGAUGAAAGUGUUGCAUGCGCUGGAAGUCUACGCUAUCGGAUACUCGAAUAGUUUUAUUACAUCUCGUUCAAUUGUAAUCAGUUGUCUGACUUAUAAAUAGCGUAAAAAAUGAAUUCGCCGGCUCUGCCACGCGUUCUGGUGACUAGCAACGAAGCACCUGCACCCGGUAUCAAUCUGCUUCGCGCAAAUUGCAACGUCACUAUUAUACCGGCUACUGUGGGCACUCGAGACCAAGUGCUGCAAGCCCUCCCUGGACACGAUGCUGUGUUUCUCGUUAAUCACUAUCAAGUCAAUAAUGAAUUUCUUGAUAUCGCUGGACCAAAUUUAAAAGUCGUGUCGACGAUGUCGGCCGGAUACGAUCACUUGGAUGUUCCAGAAAUUAAAAAGAGAGGAAUCAAAAUUGGACAUACACCAAUGGUACUAUCCGCUGCAGUUGCAGAAAUGGCCAUACUCUUAAUGUUAUCUGCGGCAAGACGCGCUCAUGAUGGUCGCACGGCGCUAGAAAAGAAUGAAGUAAAAAGGUCAUCACAAUGGAUGUUGGGACAAGAAAUACGUGGUUCUACAGUUGGCAUUUUUGGCCUUGGAAAUAUUGGUCAAGCAAUCGUUAAACGGCUAAUGGGAUUCGAAGUAGGAUGCUUUAUUUAUACCGGACAUUCACAUAAGAAAGCAGGUGAUGAACUUGGGGCAAUAUUUGUCUCUCUGGAUGAGCUUCUAACGCAGAGUGAUUUUCUUGUAAUUGCGGCACCUUUGACUAACGAAACCCGAGGACUUUUUAAUGAUGACACUUUUAAUAAAAUGAAAAAAAAUGCUAUCCUCGUGAAUGUAGCUCGCGGCCAAAUCGUCAAUACUGAUUCACUUGUGAAAGCUCUCCGUGAUAAAAAGAUAUUCGCUGCUGGCCUAGAUGUUACCGAUCCGGAACCGCUACCAGCGGAACAUGAACUUUUAAAAUUACCCAAUGUCGAAAUUGUGCCACAUUUGGGCAGCGCAACAAUCAAGACUCGUAAUGACAUGUCAUUAAUCGCAGCGCAAAAUAUCAUCAAUGGCCUUCAGGGCAAGCCAUUGGUUUACAGUCUAUAAUAAUAAUUAUCUUUCCUUCUUUUUUGUAUAUUCUUUAUAUUCUUCUAUAUAUUCUUUAUAUAGACAUCAAAAAUGCCAUCAAAAACAAUGUUGUUUGUUCAUACAUGAUUCAAAUAGAAGUCUUUUUGAUUGAAAAAGAACUAAAUUGCACAAAUGUAAUCACUUGUUAAAUUUUAAUCUGUAUUUGAUUAUUCAUAAUCAAUAAAUUAGCCA